AUGAAUGGCAACGGACCCAAAGGAACUAGAAAGCAAACCAGCAAGGGACAAGAUGCGGCACCUGCAUCCGCAGCAGCAGGAGCUGUGAGUAGCUCCUGGCAGACAUUCGAAGCAGUAGCCAACCAGAGGCGCAGAGUCAGAGGCAAAGUAGGGGAUGCACUUCGUCGCCGUUGUGGCAGUGAGGUAACACAGGUGCCUGGUGAUGGCUGGUGUUUUUUCCACGCUGUGAGUCGGUACUGCAGGGGUUCGGGUGACUGGUCGCUUGACGAUGCAGCCAGAAUCUAUUUGCAAGCCUUAGAAUGGCUAGUCCUGCAAAGAGACGGUCCUCGAAAGGACGAGGUCGCUGCAGCAUGUGUUCCGUUCGAUGCCUACGAACUUGCACUCCAUCGGCAAACCAUCGUUCGUGUCACCGGCUUGAAUAGUGCAGAGCACAUUGACCCAGCCGAUGCAACGUUGUGGAGCAAGCUCAUUGCGGUGCUCGAACGCCGCAAGACCUUGGACUCUAUCCAUCACGGGUCCGUCGGCGUGGAGCUGUGGGCCCUGACUCAGGCCUUCGACCUGCAGUGCCUCAUCUGGAGCACGACUUGCAAUGCAAAUAUAUGGGUCGCAACACUCGAACACCUCACCGAUCAGGAGGCCCAAGCCAAAGUGAGACAGCAUCCACGCUUGCUCGAGCUCGCACACCGCGAAGGAGGUGUAUCUGGCCACUACAAUAUCCUGCAACGAUCUGAACGACAGGGGCCCGAAUUACCGUGCACGCCUUGGCUGGAACUCCUUCGAGGCCAGGGACCAGUCGCUGUGCUAGCCCUUGCGGCGGCAAAGUUCCAAGAUAACGUCGCAGAGGAACCGAGGUCUAGCCCAUCGGAAGCAACCAACAGUAGUCAGGACGAUCUGCAACCAUCAGAGACGACAGACUCCGACAUAGGUGAACCAGCUAGCACCGGUCAGCCGACCGGCCAAGAUCAAACGUCGCAGCAGAACCCUACCAAAGAUGUAGAAGGUAACCCUAAAAGUAAUACUCAAGACGAACUUCCAUCAUCACAUAUGCCGACGCCGGGUAAUCUCGUUAAUUCAACAAGUACCAAUCCGGGUGCCACCUCGGAGCCCAGCAAUGGCCUCGCAGCAGACUCCGACAGAGGUGAACCGGCUAGCACCAGUCAGCCAACCGGUGAAGAUCCAACGUCAAUGCAGAACCCUAUCAAAGAUGUAGAAGGUAACCCAACAAGUACGACUCAGCACGAACUUCCACCGUCACAUAUGCCGAAGCCAGGUAAUCUCGUUAAUUCACCAAGUAACAAUCCGGGUGCAACCUCGGAGCCUAGCAAUGGCCUCGCAGCAGAGGCAGAGACGGUCUCGGCCACAGUGGGAGCCGACGCCACCAAUCCAGCAAGUCAGCAUCCGUCUGCGGCCUCGCAGCCGGGGUCCAGCAAUGCCGCAGCAACAGACGUAGAGAUGGCCGGUUCCAACUUGGAGCCCGAAACCAACCGAGCAAAUGUGGCAGAGGACGACGGGGUGUGGAAGCCUUUCGAAACAGAAGCAGAAGAGAACAUAGGCUCCGACGAGGACGUGGCUGAAGAGGAUGCAAACAGUGUGCUGUCGUUCGAUUCGAGUGCAAGUAUGGAGUCGCAGGACGCAGACUAUGAGCCACAAGUGAGUCAAACUAAAACUUGGUGCACCCCAGAAGAUGAAGCCUUCGCAGUAGUAGCCGCAUUAGCCGCCAAAUUCAAAGCCCAGCCCUUGUUGCCGCAUGUGUUGGAACAUUGGAAGCCCGAAGCAAGUGAACCGCGGACUGGGCUUGCAUACCCGACCGUGCACUGUGCUUUCAAAGCCUGUCAUUGGUGUGCCGACAAAGAACCUUGUCGUCCGAGCAAGCGCCGACAUCAAAGUUGGAGAAUCUGUGGCACGGCAUGGGUGCAGGCUCGAGACCACUGCUGCGGCGAUGCCGCACAGUGUCUGUGGGCACACUUGACGCAGGCACACGCUGCAGACUUCGCAACCAUGCCACAUGCCGCCAUCCCACAACACUACGUCGCGGCCUUACUUCAUCAACAAGACAGCAGUGUUCCGUGCGUAGGCUGGAGCAUCGAUCGCCGAACGCUACGGCGUGUGCAGAGCAGAUGGCAAGAGUCCGAUUGUGGUGCGUUGAUUUGCGCUUGUUGCGCACGCGUGCAUGCCAUGGGGGAGGGCGGGGAAAUUGCAUAUGUCAAGGUGAACCACAUUUUCCAACACAUCUCGGAGGAAAGUUUUGACGACAAUUGGUCGCACAUUAGCUACACGCUGAAAUAUGGAAAACAUCCGGCCGUCAACAAACGUUUUUGCACGGGAGAGUGGACCAGGGCAUUGCCGACUGACUUGUUUGACGGCCGAUCCAUUAUCUGUUGCCCGGAAGACAUUCGGUGCAAAGAAUGUAUUCGGAGUCAGUCCUCUGCAUUCAACCCCCUUUGUCCGCAGUGUGAGUUGCCGCUUUGCCGUUCGUGUUUGGUUCGUAUGCAGCAAACCGACCAUCCCGGCAUUCCACAAGCCUUGGCCAAUGAUAACUGGUACGGGUAUCCACUGGAGCUCUUGUACACCGAGAAAGUUCGCUGGAUCGAAGCUGCCGCUGCAUGUCCCGUUUGGACCUCAGUUGUUGCAUACUACUUGGAAGCAGACCGUGGCCACUUGUUAGAAGAAUCGCUUCAUCGGGCAGAGCAUCGCUCAGCCAUCUGCGGCAACGUCAGUUCUUUCAGCUUGCCAUGGGAAGAAGUCUUAGCCACCUUGGAUCCGAAACAUCCUGCACACAAGACGUGGGGAUCGUUACCCCAUGAGCCAGAGGUCUUACGAACACUUUUAAAAAUCACUGUGAAGGGAAUGCGCCACAACGAAACUAUUCAGUGGGUCGCAGGCGCCAAAAUCCGACCUUGGGUCGUUGUCAAGUUGUUGCACCACCUGAUUGAUAUUCAACAUCCGAUGUGCGAAGCCGCCCCAUCAGAGGAAGCAGCUAAAGCAGCCGUCGUAGCCCGAGUCACCGCGGCAUACGGCACAGAAGAAACCGAACCCAUGGUAGAAUCCGUGACAGCCGCAGAAGAUUUAAGUCCUAUUGUUCCAACAUCCGGCAUCAGUACAGGUCCAUCCAAGCACGCAACCCCAGAAACAGGAACAGGGGCAUCCCUGAGCGGCGAAGCCUUCCAGGGAAAUACUCGCCCGAACAUUUGUUCACAAGAUUAUUCCAAUCGUCAAUAUCAAGACCCUGACAUCGACCUCGUAGCCAGAGUAGCUCAAGCCACAGAUAACAUCGUGGUUGACACAGGACACACCUUCUGGGAUCAAUGGCGAACCGACUUUUUACAUUGGGCCUUCCCAUUUAGCUUGCCGGCGCCCGUCGGCGGCCCUGACUUCCCGCAAGCACCCCGGCCCCGACGAGGUCCGAGCGCAGCGCGUUUCAAUCCAUUGACCCACUUGAAACACCUCGCCGGACGCGUGGAAAGCUCCAUCCGAAACUCUUGGGAUUUAGUCCCCGGCCUACGUCGGAUUACCUUCAAAUGGCACUCAGUCUGGGGAGGCUCCUUGUGGCGCCGCUGGCAACACAACCGCCACAAGUUAGAAGCAGUCCCACAGUCUGAGUGGGUACAAGCGGCGCAAAGGCUUUACAACAAACUGCAGUCGGGGACAUACCUCAGUGCAGAUGGCUUGGCGCGGCCAAUCGCUUACGACGCACGGAAGUUGCACUUUGCGAAAGGACUCACUGCGCCGGAGAAGCAGUUGUUGGACGACAUCCGCAACAUGCAGACCUCCAUGCCAGGCAGCAUUGAAGUCCGACGGCGGAUCGGUCGCUUCUUGUUCGGCGCACGCGUGGAAUUCGGCGAGCCCUUGUUCAUCACGGUGUCGCCCAGCACCCGUCACAACGGGCUCACGUUGCGGCUGUCUCGCUACCGCCAGAAAGACCCUGGAAGCACGCCGUGGAGUGGGCAGGACCAGCCACCAGUCUGGGAGACAGGCACCCUGACUAUAGGGUUCCCGGCGCAUGCCCUUAGAAGAGAACUGACGGCAAGAGAUCCUUGGGCUGUAGUACUAACGUUCCAGACAGUGAUACGACUUGUCUUCGCUAAACUGUUGGGGGUGCGCAUGUGUUUUCGCUGCCCGGAUUGCGACUGCAGAGAUGCCGCCGGUCAGAGUUGCCAUCCCACCGGCGGCAUCUUCGGCCUCGUUCGCGCCAUUUGCGGAGCAAUUGAGUAUCAAGUCAAUUCGACCCCCCAUUACCAUUGUAACGUUUACCUAGCAUGUGUUUGGCAGCGCCCGCUGCACGAACUACUUGCAAAACUUGAAAACCAGUCCAUAACAGCAGCCGACAUCUAUAACUUUCAAGCUUGGAUACACCGGGAACACCACCCCUUGUGGGAAGAGCAUAGAAAAGAAGAAGAACAACUCGAAGCCGACUGGAAAGAUAACUACUCCCAACCCCAACAUGAUAAGUUAGCCCUCUGGCCACAGUUCGUGGCCGCAGACACAGAACCGAGUCCUUGGAUCAACACCGCUGUAUCUGAAUUUUCCUUGCCCGCCGCCGCGGAAUACAUCCAAAAAUAUGAGCACAUCGUGCAACGAAAAUUUUCUCAUCAGCAGUGCCAUUGGCACCCGUGGAAUCCGACGCACAAAUGCAGAUUGCCCUUAGCAGGAUGUAAAAAGAAAGGCGCUCCAAACAAGUGUAAGCACGGUUUUCCGAAAAAACUUAAUCCUGUCGCUCGAGUCAUCUGUAGAGGGAACGCCCGCAAAUUUGCCAAGAGUACGCGUGGCCGCCAAAAUGCCUUAGGCCAAUUUCUUGGAUUCAGGCAAGACCCUUGGCUAUCGGGCACAGCCACUGCGUUAGCCGCAUGCUGCUUUGGUAACUCGCAUACAUCCUUGAACUUUAGAAUUCCGCUGUGUCGAACGACUCAUGACCCAGACUGUGACCGCAAUUGUUUAGACAAGGAAACCCUGCCAAAACUACAGAGGGCUAUGUCCCAAGCUGCUCGUCGUUCCACCAGAUACUUCACCGGCUACUUACAGAAGCCCCAGCCCGUGGGCAAAAAGGAAUUGCAACAAGCAAGCAAACAGUUGCACUUCCUCAACGCCACGGCCACAGAUGCACCUGGCAGCAGCCACUAUCGGAAAGUCGUCCAAAGAGUCUUUGGCGACUUAGAGUUUAGGUGUUCAGUCCGGCCAACGACGGAAGAGUUUAUGUUAGCAGGCUUCGGCGAUCUGGACGAUCCCACCAGCGCCGAGUGCAUCCGGACAUUCCCUGUAGUGCCCUUUGUUGGAGCCGACUGGUUGAAUGUGUUGGACAAUUUUUUCGAGUCGCGCCAUAAAGUACAGCAACCUCAUGCCCGUCGCAAUGCAGAGUUCAAGCAUGCUGAAAUAUAUGGAUGGCGGGGAGCCGACCCUCGCGUGUUUUACCUUUCCCCGUGGGAAUUUACUAAAUUAUGGACCGUGCGCAAAUUACAGCCACCAUCAACAGCAGCCACGUCAACAGGUUUUGCCUUGAGUGACUGGGUGUCCGGAAGCCAACCUGCCGUAAAGCCAUCAGACGGCUGGAAAUUUGGUCGAGAUUUUGUCUGGAAGAAAAAUUGCUCGGCCGCCGCCGAGGCAGCCAUUGUCCGCAUCCCCAGGACAGUCAAUCACCACGUCGCCGAAGACCAUUUUCUACAGCGACGCAUUGAACCACAUAUCCCAUUCCCGACCAUGUGUCCGUUGCCGAAACCAGAUAUGUCAAAAGAAGCCCAGGCCCGGUUACUUAAUGUCUAUCUCCGCCCCUGGACCCUGGAUGGGGUAAUUCGCACGGCGGAAGUACCCCACAUAGCUAGUUUAGACAUUCCUGUUAGUGCAACACGCGCAAAUAACCCACGCCAACGGCUAACAUCCAAAACCGCCGUGUCUUCCCGAAGCCAUCGUACAGCAUGGCAAGACUACCUUCGGCAUCAUGUCGUCUCGGAGCAUGCUGCCCGCACCAUACGAAACUUUCUGGCGGCAGCGGAAUGCUCCCCUGAGGACGCCGACCCGCUGGACCCCGCCAGCCUACCUGAGAGAGCACCCGUGGACACCACCUGGGUAGACGCUGCGACCGUCGAUAGAUUGACCCAAGGCGUCGGCUUCGAAUAUUCGAAGCGGUCCGGGCCGGCGGUGCGACAUAUCCUCGAACAGUGGCGGCCAGACAGUGACUCUAUGGGACAGACUUGGACCGUGCCGGCUAGCUUAGAUGAGUUGUCACCGUCCCCGACCGAGCCGGCAGCCCAGGGCGCAGCCGACCCGAAGAAGCCCGAUCCAGUGCGUUGGACGUACGGUGCCUUGACUCCAGACAGUUCGGCCGCAUGGCUGCAAGGGUUGCAGACCAAUUCCGAACACUCCAAGCCGACCCAGGAACAAGUUGACUUUCUGCAAGCUGUUAUCGACCGUUGCAUGGUAGAGCAGACAGAGGAACAACGGAACCCAAAAACACGAAGUGAACCCUUGCGUUGCUUGUUCCAUGGGGUGCCAGGAGCCGGCAAGAGCCAAACCCUAAAGUGGUUACGCGCUUUCUUUGAAAACGUAUGUGGCUGGGAGCAUCAAAAAGAGUUCGUGUAUUUAGCCCCCCAGAAUACCCAAGCAGCCUUAAUACAUGGAAUCACCCUCCAUUCGUUUGCAAACAUACGGGUCAAGAGCAAGUCCAGCGAGACAAGCAAGACCGGAGGUCCCGAAGCCUUUGUUCAGUACCAGCGGCUGCGCUGGGUCAUCCUCGAUGAAUGUUCAACCGUCGGCCUCGAAGUGCUAGGCACGCUGGAGAAAAAAUUAUCGCAAGCCACUCGCGAUAAGGGGACCUGGAAGCUGGCGCCGAAUGGCCGGAUACGCCACUUCGGGGGCGUCAACCUGGCGGUGACAGGAGACAUGUGGCAAUUCCCUCCUGUGAAAGCCGCAGCUCUCUUUCAAAAUCCCUUCGUGCAAGCUGAAAGCGUUCAAGUCCGUGCGUUGCAAAAAUUUUUCUGGAGUCGAGGACCAACAGGCAUCAAUCGCCUCUUUGAAUUAACUCGAGAACAACGUUGCUCAGAUCCGUGGCUCAGCAGCGUGCUGUACCAAGCCCGGCACGGACACAUGUCGCACGAGGUCUGGUGCUUUCUACAUGGUUAUCCCACCAUACAUCCAGGUUCCUGGGAUGUUGCUUUAAAAACAGUCGGCUGCAAGAGUGCGAGUUGUCAAGCCUUAGCCACCGAAUGGGAAGUAGCCGCCGCAGCAAAGCAGCGCCCAGAGCCGUGGGAGACCCGUCGUCGACGGGAAUGCCAGGUGUGCCAGCAAGAACGCCACCGUCGUCGCAUUGUAGGCAAGAACCAGCAGGCCGAAAAAUUUUUGUAUCAACCCUUCGCGCACGGCUUAAACGCCGCCAAGUACAUCGCCGCCAACUUGCGCGCGCGGAGAGUCGCUGCCUUGGAAGGCAAGACGCUGCUGUGGGUGGUCGCGCAGGACCAACCCCUCUUCCACAUGGACACCGACGACAUCUUCGAGCAGCGGGCCCGUCGGGAAAAUUGGCUGCAGCGGCACGACCAAGCAACUGGCGGCAUAGUGGGGCUGCUGCCACUACUUCGCGGCAUGCCGGUACGGAUCACCCAGACAUUGCCGGACUUGAAGCAAUUCGGGCUCUUCAAGAACACCCGCGGCACCUUGUGGAACUGGACCUUGCAUCCAACGGAUCGACAGGGCAUCGCUCAGUCGCCGGCUCCCGAUAUAGUCUUGCAAGACUUACCAGUAGCCUUGUACGUCCAAAUUGCCGAUGCGACGUGGACACAGCACCGAGAUCUUCCACCAGGCGUUGCAAUCCUUCGUCCUGUCGUGCAGCAAUGGCAGUUGGAAACUCACGGCAAAGCAACAAUUGCUCGCAGAGGCUUCCCAGUUGCCUGUGAUUUUUCGGGCACAGCCCACUCGUUUAUGGGCUCGACCUUGCCGGCUUGCACGCUUGACCUCGGCAUGUGGGAUUCCACCCCUUCCCGGGAGGCGCAAUUAAGUGGCUACAUGUGUCUAUCUCGAGUCAAGCAAAUUUCCGAUCUCUGUAUAGCCCAGCCUUUUUCGCCGAAUCUGUUUACAAACGGUGACCUCAUAGGCCCGCAAACAUUACUCGACUUCCAUAGGCAAAAUCUUACAUUGGAACAAGCGAAAGCCAGGUUCGACAAGGACGCACCCAAGAAAAAGCGACAUCCAGACAUCAUGCUUUACUGUUGCCGCUGUAGUCCCCAGCCCGCCGGUUCGGAUAAGUUAUUACCCCUAAGAGAGUUCGUCACAGGGUGGGACCCCGAGGCAUGGCUGCAGAUCUUGGCGAAAGGUAUGGAUCGUGUAUGUACCCAGUGUCUGAAACAAGAUCAGCCAGCCGAGCCAGCAAACGUCCCUUCGUCAGCUAAGGUCUGUGCCUUCUGUGCCAUUCGUCCGGCUCAGAGGACGGGAUAUUGUAGCAAGUGUGAGGCAGACGAACACCCGGCCUGCGCGAAAUGCGACGUCGGGAAGAAAUUGAACACCAGAUGCCUCACAGACUUUGACCCAGAAGAAAUCCGCCGAAGGAGGCAGACCAAGGAAAUGCGGCGGGCACGCUGCAAGAAAUGCACCAACGCCGUCAAAGCGGAGUAUCACGUGGAGUUGAUGCCAGCCUGGCAGUGCCAGACCUGUCGCAGCACCGAGCCCCGUCAGUCAGAAGGUAUUUUCCCCCAAAGAUCGUCAGCUGUGCCAGCCAGUGUAAGUCUCCGAGCAGACGCCAACACCGCCCACGUCGACUUGCCAGCCGGCGGCAUCGCUCACGCGGUACUAGACACGCCUGCCGCAAGGGCAUCGCUCACACGGUACUGGAUCGGACAACUCAAGGCCGCGCGGAGACAGAAAAAGAGGCGGACGGGCAAGGCCCACUGGAAUGACGGCUUCAUCACUGCAAAGUACAAAUGA